CUCCGCCCGCCGGGCGCCGCGGAGGAGGCGGCGGGGCAGCGCGGCGGCGGAGCGGGCCGCGGGCUCGGCGUGAGGCGGCGCCGGCGGCGGCGGGGCCGAGCCGAGCCGAGCCGAGCCGGGUAGGCGAAAGUCGCGGCCCCGCUGAACCCGCCCCGGGGCCUGCGGGAGCAGCAUGGCCGCCAGCCUGUGGAUGGGGGACCUGGAGCCAUACAUGGAUGAAAACUUUGUUUCAAGAGCCUUUGCCACCAUGGGAGAGCUUGUACUGAGUGUAAAAAUCAUUCGAAACAGGUUGACAGGAAUUCCAGCAGGCUAUUGCUUUGUAGAAUUUGCAGAUCUAGCUACUGCAGAGAAAUGUUUACACAAAAUCAAUGGAAAACCGCUUCCUGGUGCUACACCGGCAAAGCGAUUUAAAUUGAAUUAUGCAACAUAUGGAAAACAGCCCGAUAACAGUCCAGAAUAUUCACUUUUUGUGGGAGACCUGACUCCUGAUGUGGAUGAUGGCAUGUUAUAUGAAUUUUUUGUUAAAGUUUAUCCAUCGUGUAGAGGUGGAAAAGUUGUUUUGGACCAGGCAGGAGUAUCCAAAGGUUACGGGUUCGUGAAAUUCACGGAUGAACUGGAACAGAAAAGAGCGCUGACAGAGUGUCAAGGAGCUGUGGGGUUGGGCUCUAAACCUGUACGCUUGAGUGUGGCUAUACCAAAAGCUAAUCGUGUGAAACCAAUGGAGUACAAUCAGAUGUACAACUAUAAUUAUAACCAAUAUUACCAACAAUAUCACAACUACUAUGCCCAGUGGGGCUAUGACCAGAACACAGGCAGUUACAGCUACAGCUAUCCCCAGUAUGGAUACACGCAGAGCACAAUGCAGACAUAUGAAGAAGUUGGUGAGGAUGCAUUGGAAGCAGCGUAAGACGCUACCGUCCCCAGCCAUCCACUCUGACCCUGUAGUGGAGGGAGCAGAACGGAACGUGUGCCUGCGCCUCCGCUCCUCCACUUUGCAGUCCGGUGCCUUAGUGCCAACCCACCUUCUUUGGCAGUUUAAGUGGCUACACUGGGCUGCGAGGUGCAGAUCCGGCGCCUCAGUUAGACGUCCAUGAAGCAAAUAAACAGUUUAUGGAACAGAGUGAAGAGCUUUACGAUGCCUUGAUGGACUGUCAUUGGCAGCCUUUGGACACUGUCUCGUCAGAGAUUCCAGCCGUGUUAUAGCCUCGUUGCUGAGGCACUGUGUCUGUGUGACAAGCCCGCCAGUGCGCUCCAGACUGUUAUGCUGCACCUGGAUCCUGCAGUAGUGAGGGGUGGCCCUUUCUCCACCCAGGUCUGUUACUCAAAGUACAGGAGGACUGUGGCCUUUCCUGUACAGAAUGAGUAUCGUAGGAGCAUCAUGGUAACUUUUAUUCAUGGUGAAAGUUAGAACUGCAACAGUUUUAUUCCUUUUGUCUUGAAAUGAACUCUUAAUACUUAUUGGGAAUUGUAAUUUAUAAACUUUCAACGAGAUGGCACAGGGGAAAGACUCUACUCCAACGUACAAUAAAAAUGUUGGUCUUUUAAGUAAAAUUACCCUUUGCAUUUUGGUUCCUGCCCAUCUUUCUGUUUUGCUGCCCAUUUAACUGUCUUCAGUCAUUUGAUCCAACUCUCAUGAAUGUGUUAUUUUAAAAAAUCAUUGUUGGAUACCACUAAAAUGGCUCAAAAGCUUUCUAGUGACUGGGUAAGGUUGCUGUAACUUGAGCACAGGAAAGAACCAUGUAGAUGAAAGCUUACGUUCUGUUUAACCUAAGCUGCGAUCUUGAGCUAGCAAGUUUAUAGCUCGGUGUUCUUAAGCAACUACCUGAAGAGCAUUUUGGAGAGUAAAGACAGAAAGGAACGUUAGAAAACCACUACAGACCGAUGCCUUCUACCUGGUGAUCUCUUGCACGUUUGGCUUGCUUCUCCACCUGUGUAUGAGGAAAUAAAUCACCAUCAGUCAAGCAGUUUAAAACACUUUUACCAGCAACCUUGUUUAAACGUUAUUUUGUGUAUCAUGCCUUUUUUUCAUUGUGGAUACAUCUUGAUGGUUUCAUUAAGAUGUUAAGAUUUCAUAGCGUCUUCCACUGUCCUGUCAGAGUGCAUAUGGUGAAACUGAAGAUCUUGCAGCAAAAACGGGUCAGAGCAAUCUAAUCGAUAUAUUGUGCAACAAAUUGUUGCUAACCUGGAAAGCAGUUUUCUACUGGACGUUGUAUAAGCUGGAUGGACAAGCAAUAUAUUUAAGCUAAUAUUAUGUUGCAUUAGAAGUGAAAGCGAAAAUAAUAGCACUUAUGUACAUGUUAUAAGCCCUUUCCAGGCUUUUGUGCCUUAAACUCUUUGAGAAAUAGGAACAGAUAAACUACCUGUAAUAAAUGUCUAUCCAAGGAAUAGUUUGGUAACUGAAAUUGCUACUGCAAAGCAUUUAGUUGCCUCCAUGCCCAUGUUGAUGCAGAGAUUUGCCACAAAAUUUAAAUACUUUCAUAAAGCCUACUUCUACUACACCUUUGUUUGUGUCCAUAAUUAUGAUAUAAUCGUCAGUCUGUGGUCUUUUUAUCAACUGCAAUGGUAAACGCACUGUGAAUAUGUGGGGAAUGGUGACAUAUACUGGAGUUAGCAUAUUUCUGAACAAGUAGAACUGGAGGACUACUGGACCCCUGCGUUCUCAUCUGCUGUGAAUUUUUUCCUCCUGCUGUGCAUCUGACUCUGCUGUGGGCUGUUAACAGUGUCCUAAGCUUCAGUUACUCUGAAUUUAAGGAAAUGAAUGUUCCCUGCGUGUGAUGGUAGUGCUUCAGAGGCAACAGAGAAGUGGAAGAGAGCAGAGUGCUUUUUUUCUUCUGAUGUAGCUGGUCAGCUCAGAUGAUGCUCCUCUUCUUGAAAAGUGCCUGUUCAAUAGAGUGGCAUUUCAGAGCUCCCAGCCAUUAUUGCAGCAUCUGAAGCACAGAGGAGACUUUCAUGUGGAGCUACAAAACAGCCAGUCACCUGGAUUUUGUAGGGUUUGUGUUUUGGAAUCCAAGUUAAACAGAGUGUGGGAUUUUGUUUCUCAUGGACAGCUACAGGAAGAGCCCUGAUUAAUUACCAUUUAGCAUAACACAAGAUGAAAGACAAGGACUCCGUGUAGUAAGGGCUCAGGGGCAGGAAGCAGUCUCGGGCUUUUCAACCUGAUUUCUCACGGUGGCUGUGGCUUCAGCAUCAGUACCUGCAGAAAUUUCAGCACUCCCUUCCAACCAGUUGGCAAGUGCUCUCAUUUUAAAUCCUUUCCACCAAUUAUGGAUCGUAAGCCAGGAACCUGACAGAGCAUCUUGGCAUGGAAGGUGAUGCCAGUGUGUGGGAUGGCUGGUGACAGCCUCAGCUCGGCAGCGUUGGGCAGGGUUGCUUGGUGUUUUGGAGCUCGCUCAGCCGAUGGCCUGCCUGCUGGAUAGAGCCGAGGAAUUACUUGCUUAGUGGAAAAGGCCGAGCGCUUACGAGCCCCUGUCCCCGGUGGAGGGAUUCAGUUUGCUUUUCUUAGGGCCCGAAUUGUGGGGGAAGCUGUGACAUGGAGCACGUCUAAGUCGAGUGUGGAGCUGAGAUGAGCCGGUCCCUGAGGCUUUCGGUGCUGCAGUGCAAGACUUUUUUCUUCUCCAGCCCUCUCCUUCUGGAAGCGGGAGCUCUGCGUAGCCAGAUCCUGGCUCCUUCCAGAGCCAUGAGCUCCCCCAGGUGGGAACAGCCACUUCUGUGCUCCGUUCCCCUGCGCCACAGGCAGAGGGAACUCAUUUGGCUCCAGGUGCUGCUCAAGCUCCCGUUCAAACACUCUGCAUGGAAGAAGGGUCCCUUUUGUGGAGUUUUCUCAGGAGAAGAGCUCAGGGCAGGGUCUGGAUAUAAAAUAUUUUGAGAGUGAAUAAAGGCAAUCACUUGAAAUCCUU